CCGCGUCCGUGACGUCACGCGACGUUUUCAUUCAAACGUUUCUUUUUCCCGCCUUCUUCCUUUCUCAGUCAUGGCGGAUUUUUCCCAAGAGCAGCAGGAUGCUGACCCUUCCGCAGCCGGAGGUCAUCCAGAUCUCAUUCUAUGGACGGAGCCAUUGGAUUGGCUGGAGGAGAUCCUUCCGGGUUCGCCAAUCAUAGCUAAUCUCCGCCGAAGUCUGUUCCGUCCUGCGAAUACUCGGACCCCUCUUGUGUUGACCCCGGGAGACAUCCGGAUGUCGGCUUGCACAGAAGGCGAACCUGAAUGGCGGCGCGAUGAAUCCUGCAUCAAGAACCCUGUUUCCGAAACCCAGUCUUCCACCUUGGAGGCGGUUUCCAGUCCUCCUUGGGCAUCGUCCGCAGCGCCCUCCCCAUACGUCUCGGAAUUUGGUGCAAACUCCUCCGUGGAAGCAAACGUUUCUGGUUUCCGACAAGAACGGUGUACCAGCACUCCUCUCUCCACUCCAAACACUUUAGGGUUUGGGUCCGGCACUUCUGCAGAGGAGCAGAACCCCAAUCCAUUUACCGCCGUUGUCCUAACUGAGUCCUCGAAUGUCUCCAAGUUUGCCACGACUGAGAUCAGCGCUUCUGUGGAGGACGGAAAUCCCAAUGGGUCGACUCCCGUUGAGAUCGGCAUCUUCACUGAAGGAAAUAAUCCCGAUGAAUCAACCACUGUUGGGAUCGGCAGUUUCACCGAAGGAAAUAAUCUCAACGAGUCAACCGCUGUUGGAAUCGGCAGCUUCACCAAAGGAAAUAUUCUCAACGAGUCUACUGCUGUCAGGAUUGGCAGCUUGACUGAAGGAAAGAACCCCGAUCAGUUAACUGCUGCUGGGAUCAGUAGUUUCACCGAGAGAAAUAAUCCCGACAAGUCGACUGCUAUUGAGAUCGGCAGCUUCACUGAAACAAAUAAUCCUGACGAGUCGACCGCUGUUGGGAUUGGCAGUUUCACCAAGAGAAAUAAUCCUGACGAGUCGAUCACUGUUGGGAUCGGUAGUUUCACCGAGAGAAAUAAUCCUGAUGAGUCAACCACUGUUGGGAUUGGCAUCUUCACUGAAGGAAAUAAUCCUGAUCAGUUAACCACUGUCGGGAUUGGUAGUUCCACCAAGAGAAAUAAUCCUGAUGAGUUGACCGCUAUUGAGAUCGGCAGUUUCACCGAGAGAAAUGAUCCCGACGAGUCGACCGCUGUUGGGAUCGGUAGUUUCAUCGAGAGAAAUAAUCCCGACAAGUCGACCGCUAUUGAGAUCGGCAGCUUCACAGAAACAAAUAAUCCUGAUGAGUCGACUGCCAUUGGGAUCGGCAGCUUCACCAAGAGAAAUAAUCCCAAUGAGUCGACCGCUGUUGGGAUCGGCAGUUUCACCGAGAUAAAUAAUCUUGAUGAGUUAACUGCUGCUGGGAUCAGUUUCAUUGAGAGAAAUAAUCCUGACAAGUUGACCGCUGUUGGGAUUGGCAGCUUCACUGAGCGAAAUAAUCCCUAUGAGUCGACCGCUAUUGGGAUUGGCAGCUUUAUCGAAGGAAAUAAUCCUGACGAGUCGACCACUGUUGGGAUCGGCAAUUUCACCGAGAUAAAUAAUCUCGAUGAGUUAACUGCUGCUAGGAUCGGUAAUUUCAUCGAGAGAAAUAAUCCCAACGAGUCGACCGCUAUUGGGAUCAGCAGCUUCACCGAAAAAAAUAAUCCCAACGAGUUGCCCGCUGUUGGGAUUGAUAGUUUCAUUAAGGGAAGUGAUCCUGACGAGUCAACCACUGUUGGGAUCGGCACUUCCGCAGGUGAAAAUACUCUCGAUACAUUCACGGCAAGGGCGGUUGCUACCUCUGCUGCCGGGACGAACAGUUUCUCUGUGGAAAAUAAUCCGGACGAGUCUGGCACCGUCAGGAUCAGCACCUCCAAGGAGGAUAAUACUUCCGACAUGCUUGCUGUCACUACCGAGGUUGGUGAAACCCCCAAAAAGGAGGGAGUGGCCUCUUUCUUGGCAAAGGAUGAGGAUCCCGGUGCCAUUCUUUCUUCCGACGGAGGACCGAAUAGUACGGAGGGAGGUGCGAGCACUUCUGUUUUGCUGACACGAGGAGAGCGUUCCGGCGCCACCACGUCCGCAUUGGCUUGGGUGUCAACCCCGACCAUUUCAGAUACCGGUGUCAGCACUCGUACUUGCUGUCCCCGCGAAGACCCCAUUGUGGCCUCUCUCGGUUGCGAAUGUCACGGCGCAUGGACGUCCCCCUUGAGUUUGUUGGACGGCUCCCCGGAAGGGUUCGCUCUCGACUUUCGACCGGCAACGUGCAGGAAUGCGACCGCGAACCCCAAGGUUUGGACGACACCUCCGAACCUUCCCUCCGCCAGGCAGAACAUGACGGUGGGGACCACCAUCACGCCGGUGUGCGUGGCCUCGGCAACCACCUGGACCUCCCCUCCCGCCCUCGUUGGGGUUGCGGUCAACACCUCCCCUGCCGAGAAGGCCGCCACCAAAGACAACGUGGCCGAAACUGACUCUCUUCUGUGGCGCUGCCCCCGGGACCAGUGGGGGUCCCUUUCGAGGUCGGAGCUGGAGGUCCGCCUGGAGAGCACCCUCAUCAUCCUGGAGGCUCUUUCACACCAGGUGGGGGCCUUCCAGGACCGCCGGGCAUGGGGCACAGCACCCUCCGAACAGAGGGACACCGGCAGCCAGACGCCCUUCUCUGACCCCACGGAGGAAGAGCGGGCCUGUCACGAGAUGCACCAGGCGCUCCUGCGGCGGAACAAGGCCCUUCGGCGCAACCGGGAGAGCGAACGGGAGCUGUCCCAGCGCAUGGCUGGCGCCGUCGGCCAAAUGAAAGCAUGGAUGUCGUAUUCGGGGCAGCUUCUGGAUACAGUGGAUGCCUCCUACCUGCGUGUCCAGGAGGACCGGAAGUCUCUAGCGCUGCAGCAAAAGCAACUCAGCGAACUCCUCCUGAAGUGCCGGGAAAAACUUCAAAGAAGUGACCAAAAACAAGCCGAAAUGAAGUCGGAAAUGGAGAAAGCCCUGCAAAUCAAGCAAGCGGCGGAUCAGGCGCUGGAGGCAGUGCGGAGUCACGCAGCAUUGCGGAUCGAGGGCUUGACGCUGAGUUUUGAUUCGCAGAAGCGUUUCCAUUCGUUGCUGCAAGAAGCCAAUGAAUGCAAGGCCGGCCUUCUCUUGGAAAGCAAAAAGAACACGGAAGAAAUGGACCGCCGCACAACAACCCUGCGCCAGAGCUGGAUACAGAUGCAGAAAGACUACAAGACGCUCACAAACCUGGCUGCCCGCUGCCAUUCGGACCGGGAAAAGAUGACCACCGAAGUAGCCGCAGCCCGGGAAGAGCUCGCUCAGCACCGAGAAGUUUGCCGGGAGCUGGAGGAGAGGACUGCGGAGUUGGCGGAGGCACUGGGGCGCAUCAGUGAAUUGACGCAGGCCAACGCCAGUCUGGAAACAGACUUGGCGUUGGCCCUGCAGCGAGCGGAUGUGGCUGAGCGGGAGAAAGAAGAGGCCUGUGAAGAGAACCGGAGGCUUUCGGAGGCAUUGGUGGCAGAGCAGGACACAACCCGGGCGUUGCGAGAGGCCGUGGAGCGGCUGUCCGUCGAGAAGGAGGCGGCACAACGGGAACGCGAGAGCGCCAACCGUGAGGCCCGCGAAGCCGCCGAAUGCCGCGAGUUCAUUGAGGAAGAAAACCAGAUAAUGCGGCGCCAGCAGGCAGAGACCGAGGCAGGGCUGAAAUCGGCCUUGGCCAUCCUGAGAGAGCAAGGGGUCCAGAUGGAGGACCUCAAGGGAGCCCACCGGACCCUCCAGGAUGAACGGGACGCUCUCCGAGCGGAGGUGGUUGCCGCCAAAGCCGAGGCCUGCAGUGCCGGAGCCGCCUUGGAGGCCGUUUCCAAAUCGCUUGCGGAGAUGAAAGGCGUCUAUUUGCAGGUUCUAGAAAUGGCCGAUCUCCUGGAAACUCCCACAAAUGUUGUCCCGGCAUCACACCGACUCGGCUCCUCUUUCGUCGACAGCGUCUUGCAAGCCGCGGCGGGAAAAGAUUCUCGGACUCCAGGCCUUUUGAGCGAAUCGACCGCAUUUGCAAAAGCUAUUCCAGUGCAGUCACCAACACCAUCAGAGAUCCAGGAAGACCUUUCCUGCUGCGUCCGGGACUUCCAAGUAGCCGCGGCCCAGAUCUGCCGGCUGAUUUCCACCCGCAACGAGGAAAUCCAGGACCUGAAGGCGGAAAUUUUGCGGCUGAAGCAAAGCCUGGAAGAUGCUGCGAAGAGCCUCCGGGAAGAAAAAGAAGCCGCGGCGGCGAAUGCGGACAAGAUGAACAAGGCGCUCCACUUGCGCCUGCAGAAUGAAAAAGAGCUGCAGGCAGUGAUGCGGAUGCAAGAGAAGAGGUUCCUGCAACUGAACGACCAGAGCUGGGAAGUUGCGACUUUGCGUGAGGAGGUCUCCCAGCUGAAAGGCGCCCUGCAGAAAGCGGAGCGGGAGUCGGCGGCGCUGUGGGAGGAACUGGGCCGGACCAAGGCGCCCUCGGAUGGGGACGCCGUGCGGGAGAAGAUCUGGCUGCGGGGAGAGGUGGAGAAACUCCGGGAGAUGCUCCUGCGCAAGGACGACGAGCGCAAGGAAAUCCUCUCCCAAAGCCUCUGCCAGGUGCGCACCCUCGAAGCCCAGCUUUUCCAGGCCAAACAAACGCAAAGGAAGCACGAACAGACCCAGGCCGAGAUCAAGGCGGCCCUGUCUGCUUCGCCUCCCGACGUUUUCCAGGCCUGCCGCCUCCUCGAACCCAACCACUGAUUUCUCUCGACAUGUAUAUAGUUAAAUUAAAGUUGUUUGUGUUGUCGUUUCUUGCAAA